AAGUCCAAAAAAAGCUUUAAAGGCCCAAAGUGGGGGAAAGAGGCGGGGAAAGCGAACGUGGCAGGCUGAGGUCAAAGAGGAGGCUCCCGGCUCGCCAUUUUAGAGCCUGGAGCCGGUAAGGAAGGCACCGGGAUCCCUCCAACAGCGCCGCCAUUCUCGCCGAGGCCUGAGGUCUGUGUUAUUGAGAAGAAAAUGAUGGAAGAGAGUGGAAUAGAGACGACUCCCCCUGGAACCCCUCCACCAAGCACCACCACCCCAUUAGCUCCAGCCAGUGCGACUGCGCCCCCGAAGACCCUGGCGGCCCCCACGUUUCCUCCCCAGACCUUUGCCUCGCCUUUGCCACCCGUGGUUUCCCCUCUUCCCUCCGCGGGCCCUCUUCCUCCUCCCCCUUUGCCCUUUGCGCCCUCGGUGACUGUUUCGGCGGGUCCUUUCCCCGCCGUCCCCCCCAUGACUUCCUCUUUCAGCAGCCCCAUGCCCCCCUUCCCAUCCGCUCCCCCCUUAAGCUCCACUCCGGGCCCAGUGCUCUCUGCCCCGCCGAGCGGGCCCCCCAUCUCCGGCUUUUCGAUCAGCUCGACUUACGACAUCACGAAAGGACACGCGGGGCGAGCGCCACAGACGCCGCUGAUGCCCUCGUUUUCGGCUCCUUCUGUCACAGGCGUCUUGACAAGCCCUGUGUCACAGCAGGCGCCAAUGCCGCCGUCCUUGGUUCCCGGUCCCAGCGGACCCUCUUCCAUUACUUUCCCGGAGGAACGCGAAGACCCCCGGGUGGCGGACUUGCAUGGCGAGACCGCGGCCGGAGGCGGACUUUGGGGCUUCAUCAAAGGAGUGGCCGGAAACCCGAUGGUGAAGUCGGUGCUUGAUAAAACCAAGCACUCGGUGGAAACCAUGAUCACAACAUUGGACCCCGGCAUGGCUCCGUAUAUCAGAUCUGGUGGGGAACUGGACAUCGUAGUCACCUCGGUCAAAGAGGUCAAGGUUACAGCGGUGAGAGACGCUUUCCAGGAGGUUUUUGGGAUGGCCACCGUCACUGGAGAAGCCGGACAGUCCAACAUUGCCCCACAACCCGUGGGCUACGCAGCCGGUUUGAAAGGAGCCCAAGAAAGGAUCGACAGCUUGCGACGGACGGGAAUUAUACACGAGAAGCAGCCCACUGUGUCCGUGGAGAAUUUUAUCGCAGAACUGCUACCAGACAAGUGGUUUGACAUUGGCUGCAUCAUCGUAGAGGAUCCGAUUCACGGCAUUCACCUGGAAACCUUCACCCAAGCGACGCCGGUACCUCUCGAAUACGUACAACAGGCCCAGAGCCUGACUCCUCAGGACUACAACCUCCGAUGGUCGGGCCUCUUGGUGACGGUGGGCGAAGUGAUCGCGAAGGCCUUGCCACACGUCGACCGGACCGAUUGGCACGCGGCGUUCACCGGGAUGUCCCGCCGGCAGAUGAUCUUCAGCGCCGCCAAAGCCCUUGCGGGGAUGUACCGGCAGCGCUUGCCCCCCAGGACCCCUUGAAAGCGGGCUCUUUCUCCAGAGGAGAAGACUCAUUCCUUACAGAACUCGAGAGGUUCACCUGUUUCAAACCAUCUCCUGGAAGAUGGAUCUUGGCUUUAUAAUCGACAUAUAGGGUUUUUUUUGGAAAAUAUUUUUUGGAUGAUGAUGUAAACAAAUACAGGCUUAAGUUGUUUCUGCGAUCAAACAGCUUCCAAAACUACAAAUGUACUUCCACACAGUUAAAAUACGUUGGAUAGGAUGGUUUUGCUCCCCUAAUUUUUUUCCGAUCUUUGGUAUAAUAAGACUUAUUGUGUCCCAUAAAACUGUAUCCGUGCACAAUUCUUGCUGGUACAAUCUUUUGCCCAUGAAUAAGUUCGUAUAAUGAGACUUCAGUUAAACGCAAGUAGUAAUAAUAAUAAUUAAUAAUAAUAAUAAUAAUUAAUAUAUAUGUGUAUUUGUGGUAUUUUUACAAUGUUUAUGUGUCUUAAUUCUGUAACCCGCCUCGAGGAGUGGUAAGAAAUAAAAUAAUAUUUGCUAUUA